ACAGCCUUUAGGAUGCCCAGGUCAAACCACGGUGAUGUCCAUCCCAGGGGGAGAACACCCCCUGUCACCUUGGACUGGAUCGAUGGCCAAAAUGUCAAAUUACUCAGAGUUGCCAACCACAAAGAGGCUUUCAGGUUUAAGAAGCUGAACCAGGCCCUCAGCAGCAUGGAAAGUCUCCACAAGAACUGCUGGCUACGGGAGGAGAGGAGGGUCAAACAGAACCUGAGGAGGCUAAUUAGCGUGUCUCCUACUUUCAGAAGCCAAACACUAUUCCAGGGGCCUAGUGAUAACAGCAGGGCUGAGCUUAGUGGAGGGGGCAGCAGGGUACAGCUCCCCACCUGCCCCCAGUCCCAUGCCAGCCGAGAGGACUGUUCCUCCUGCUCUCUCAACAGCCCUCUGUUCAGGAUCCCCCAGAGCACCGCAGCCCCAUCCCCACAAACCAGCCACAAAAGUCUGAUUCUCCCUCUUACCAUUAACGGGGACACCAUGUCCCCCCACCAUCUGUGGCCCAGAGACACCCUGUCAGAGAACCCCUCCUCCUCAAGGGGGGGUAUGCGUUACGGGGGUCUGACCCCACGGCCCAGCCAGCACCCUAGUACCCUGAGCUUGACCCCCAGUACCCUGAGCCUGGAUGGCAGCACUACACUCCUGCUCCCCACCCCCAGCCUGCUGGCCUUGCUUCCCCCCCAGCUGUCCCCGGAGCUCCAUGGGCUACAGGAGGCUGUGCUGGGCUUCCCUCUGCUGCAGAAGAGGGUGAGGGAGCUGAUCACUCGGGCUAGGGCCACUGAACAGGAGAGACAGGACCGACGCAACCUCACACUACGUCCCCUGGAGGCUCUGCGCUGCAGGUACCUCCGUCUCUCUGAGAGUAACAUCAGAACUCUGCUCCAGCAGUGUAAGGACAGUGGCAUCGAUAUGGACAUCCAUCCUCAUAUGAAAGACUCUGACAUUGAUAUCAGCAAGCUAUUCAAGGACUCUCCCCCUCCAUCCCCGAGAUGAGAUACAGACACAGAUAGACACACAAAUCACGAACACACACACACGAUAAAUACAUUCUUGUAAAGUGCAACGCGUAUAGCCUCAUAACUGUGAUCGGUCCUUUAUAUCUUCAAAAACAAAAUACUCGAAAUGUGUUUUAUUUUUUGCUGUGUCUAAAAUUUAAGCUGUCCAAAUGAAUUUACAAAUUCAACGAGUCAAGUCACGGGGGGAAAAAAAACAACUUUACCAGAGAUACUGUAUAUAAUGACGAGAUGGUCUUGUCUCCGCCCUAACAAUGAGAGUCGUUGAACCAAAGGCAGCUUAUCGUGGUGUUCCCACAUGGACACAUUUUGACAGGCGUGGACCUCUCGCUUCACCGCUUCCUCUGGCUUGACUCAAACCUAACUUGUAAGUGCAUGGUAAAAUGUGACAGAAUAUGCAGUGUUUCCAUUAGGCCACUAGAGGAAGCUGGUGAAGCAGCAGAGUGGUGGAUCAUC